CAUGGUCCCGCUGUCUUUGCAACGACCUUACACUUUGUCCGCACAUAGAUUUUAAACGCUACGAAUGUGAAUUAAAAUUCAAAUUACAUGGAAAUGAAUGAUAGUUCAGAUAGAGUGGAUACGUUUUCACGGAGGACGUCCUGUUACUGCUUCUUACCUAUUCUUUAAUUCGUCGUAUAAUCCAACGUCCUUUUUUUCUUCUUCUUCGUUUUCUUUUUUAAUUUGUCGUAUUCCACAUGGUCGUCUGGAGGAAGGAUAACCACUGAAAAUAUGAGAAACGCGUUUUUAAGACAUGUGAGACGGUUCCCGUGGGUUACCAAUGUCACCCUGUACGGAUGCCUGUUCGCCGGUGGGGACUUCGUCCAUCAGUGGUUUUCGCGGAAAGAAGUGGACUGGAGACACACUCGGAACGUUGCGGUCGUCGCUUUCAGUUUCCAUGGCAACUUCAACUUCUUCUGGAUGCGGUUCUUGGAGCGGAGGUUUCCGGGGAAUUCUGCGGGCAUGGUGCUGCGUAAACUGGCCCUGGACCAGUCCACUGCGGCGCCCUUAGCGACCACUGUGUUUUACAUAGGCCAGUCGGACGUGUCCAUGGCGGAGAGCAGCAUGUCUCCAGAUGAGAUUGAAGUGGAGAUGGCUCGCAUCCAGCGGCUGAGAGAGGUGCUGGUUCGUCGGGAGUCGGAGCUGCGUUUCAUGAUGGAUGACAUUCAGCUCUGCAAAGACAUCAUGAGUCUGAAGCAGGAGUUAAGACAGAUUGUUGCAGUACCAGAGAAAGAGAAGACCAAGAAGUAUAAGCAGCGGGAAGAAGAGCUGAUCUUGAAGAUCCAUAAACUGGUGCAGAAGAGGGAUUUCCUGGUUGAUGACGCUGAGGUGGAGAGAUUAAGGGAAAAGGAGGAGGAUAAGGAGAUGGCAGAAUUCCUCAGACUGAAGCUCAUGCCUCUUGAGAAGAAGCUCAAAGUCACACAGACUCCUCCAAAGCCCAAGAGACACGUCCCCGAGCCGCCCCCCAACAAGCCAUCCAUAACCAAAUCAGGUGUGGCUGUUAUUAAGGACUGCUGCGGGGCCACCCAGUGUGCGGUCAUGUAACCGGUGGAGAUCUCCAGAGACCCUUUUUCUGUCCUCCCAUCACAGGAAAAGGCCCCGUCUCCCAAGCCCCGACCUGCCCCUCCAGGUUUUUUUUUUUUUUUAUAAUUUCUGUCAAUCAGAGAACGCCGUCACAAAGCUAGGAGCAGAGUUUCUCUCAAGAUGCUGAACUGGGCUCGGGUUGGUUGU